CAGCCGGGAGUCCACAGGGCAGAGGAUCCAGGCUUUUGAGGAAACCUGAGCAGGAAUCUGCUCUCCCAGGAUCUGGAACCAAAUCCAGACCCCUCACCUUGCCAAAUCUCAGACCCCAGACCGUGCCUGUGAAAGGGAGCCAUUGAUGGGCUGGCGUGAGGCCCACUCCGAGCGCCCGGGGCCGUGGGUCCCUCUGCUGGCUGUCCUGCUGCUGGGGCCCUGCCGGGCACACCCCAUCCCCGACUCCAGCCCCCUCCUCCAAUUCGGGGGCCAAGUCCGGCAGCGGUACCUCUACACAGACGAUGCCCAGGAGACGGAGGCCCACCUGGAGAUCAGGGCAGAUGGCACAGUGGUGGGGGUCGCCCUCCGGAGCCCCGAGAGUCUCCUGGAGCUGAAAGCCUUGAAGCCAGGAGUGAUUCAAAUCCUGGGAGUGAAGGCAGCCAGAUUCCUGUGCCAGGGGCCAGAUGGGACCCUGUAUGGAUCGCUCCACUUCGACCCAGCCGCCUGCAGCUUCCGGGAGCUGCUCCUCGAGGACGGAUACAACGUUUACCGGUCAGAAGCCCACGGUCUCCCACUCCGCCUGCCCCCCGACGGCUCCUCCCGGGGUCCUGUGCGCUUCCUGCCGCUGCCAGGCCUGCCCCCUGCCGCCCUGGAGACCCCAGGGAUCCUGGCCCCCAAGCCCCCCGACGUGGGCUCCUCGGACCCCCUGAGCAUGGUGGGGCCCUGGCAGGGCCACAGCCCCAGCUACACAUCCUGAAGCCGCAGGCUUCUUUGUUAUGG